AUGGUAAAAAGGGUAACAUUUACUCGUCCAAAAAUUGCUAUGCCCGUAUCUGUUCAUUGCCAAGCAACUGCUAUUGCAACACAUCUUGAUGCAUUUGGGGAGAUAAAGCCCGGGUGCCCAGAAAAAUGUGGCAAUGUAACCAUACCUUACCCUUUUGGUAUAUCUAAUGAAGGAAAAGGAGGAGGAUGCUCCAUUCCUGGAGUUGGUUACGGCUACGACGUGAACUGUGAUUCUUCUUAUGAUCCUCCUAAACCAUUUAUUGGCACAGGUAACUUCGAAAUUCUUAGCAUAUCUGAAACUGAAAUUCGUGUUUCAAACACAAAUCACUCAAUAGCUAAAGUAUGUUACAAUAUACGUGGUGAUGUGGUGCGCAAUGAUUCUAUAAUCAACACGAGCGUGCAGCGGACGUCCUUUACAUUCUCGGAUAGAAAGAACAGGUUUUUCUUGAUUGGUUGUAAUUCAGUAGCGGCUAACAAGGGGUUUGAUCAGGAAAAUAGGGACUACUCCAGUAAGUGUAUAUCAUUGUGUGAAAGUAGGGGAAAAGUGGCGGAAGGGUCUUGCAGCGGGAGUGGGUGUUGCCAAAGCACUAUUCCAAAGGGGAUUAAAAGUUUUGAGACACGAGUUUCUGGGAGUGACAAUCCAAAUAUUACAAACUUCUUGUCUUUCAGCCCUUGCAGUUACGCAUUUGUGGGUGAAUAUGAGAAGUUCAAUUUCUCUGCAUCAGAUCUUCUGGCUGUACCGGAAGACAAAGCUAUUCCCAUAGUUGUUGAUUGGGCAAUUGGGAAUAAGACUUGUGAAGAAUCACAAAGAGAUCUAACCACUUACGCAUGCCAUGGAAACAGUCACUGUAACAAUUCAGACAACAGUCCGGGGUAUCGUUGCACUUGCUUUGACGGUUACAAGGGGAAUCCUUAUUUCAGUCCUGGAUGUAUAGACAUUAAUGAGUGUGAGGAUGAAAAAAACAAUCCCUGUGAAGGUAAAUGCAUCAACACAAAUGGGAGCUUCAACUGUAUUUGUCCAGCAGGCACUCAAGGCGAUGGGAAGAAAGACGGGCGAGGUUGCAUUCGCAGGGUUCCAAUUAUACAAGUUACCCUUGGUAUAGGUUUAGGGCUGUUGUUUCUAAUUAUUACAAGUUCCUGGGUGUAUUUGGUUAUACGGAAAAGAAAGCUAAUAGAAAUGGAAAGAAAGCUAAUAGAAAUGAAAGAGAGAUUUUUCCAACAAAAUGGUGGGUUGAUAUUACAACAACAACUAUCAUCAAAUGAAGAUGGCGCAGAGAAUUCAAAGAUCUUUACCGCGGAAGAGCUCAAGUUAGCAACCAACAAUUAUGAUGAUAGUUUAAUCGUUGGACGAGGAGGAUAUGGAAUUGUCUACAAGGGAUCCUUGUCAGAUAAUCGUAUAGUUGCGAUUAAGAAAUCAAAAAUAGUUGAUCAGAAUCAAAUUGAGCAAUUUAUAAAUGAACUAGUUAUUCUAACUCAGGUUAACCAUAGGAACGUGGUGAAGCUCUUGGGGUGUUGUUUAGAGACUGAAGUUCCGAUGCUUGUUUAUGAAUAUAUUUCCAACGGCACCCUCUUCGAACGUAUUCAUCCCAGCCGUGGAGAGCCUUCCAUUUCCUGGGCAAGCCGUUUGAGGAUUGCUGUUGAAACUGCAGGUGCACUUGCAUAUUUACACUCGGCAGCUUCAGUACCUAUCAUUCAUAGAGAUAUCAAAUCUACCAACAUACUUUUAGAUGAAAAUUACAUCGCAAAGGUAGCAGACUUUGGAGCAUCCAGGUUGAUUCCUUUGGACCAAACAGAAUUAUCCACACAAGUACUGGGCACUUUAGGAUAUCUGGAUCCAGAGUACUUCGACACAAGCCAACUGACGGAGAAGAGCGAUGUUUAUAGCUUUGGCGUCGUUCUCGUAGAGCUCUUGACUGCAGAAAUGCCCAUUUCUAAGGCGCGGUCUUCAAAACAAGUAAGUCUUGCACCCUAUUUCAUUUCGUCCAUGCAAGAAAAUAAAUUAUUCCAACUUCUUGAUGCUCGAGUGCGCAACGAGGGGACACCAAAACAAGUCAUUGCAGUUGCAGAAUUUGCAAAACGUUGCCUUAGCUUGAAGGGUGAAGAUAGACCAACAAUGAGACAAGUAACGACAGAACUAGAAAGACUGAGAGAGGCGGAGAAUGAAGCGUGGUCACUUCCACCAAACACCGAACAUAAGUCGAGCUUACAGUUUGAACCAACAGACCUCUAUAGUGUUCCAGUAACCGGCUCAGCAACUGGUGAGUCCGGGCAAUAUAGUUUGUAUACAACUGAUUCGGGACAAUAUACUUCGAAUACAGACAACACAGUCCAGAUGAGCAUGCCACGAUGA